AGCGUAAGCCUGAGGUUUGAAACCAAAGCAAUAAGAAGCAAACAAAACAUAUAAAGCAUAUAAAUAAAUAAAAUACUUUUUCAAAAAAGCGACUACUCAGUUUGAUAUUUUUGUCGUAAAAUCCAUAUCAAGAAAUUUCACGCGUGAUUUGUUUAAUAACAUUUCUCACCAUCUCCUUCUUCUUUUGUGAUCUUUCUUGUUGGUUGGUGUAGUUUGAGUUUGAUCUUGUAGUUAGUUUCGUGAUUUUGGAUUAACACUUAACCGGCGGCGAUGCCGACACCGGUUAGCACGGCCAGACAAUGUUUAACAGAAGAAACAGCACGCGCGCUAGACGACGCAGUAGCCGUCGCGCGUAGGAGAAGCCACGCGCAGACGACGUCUCUCCACGCCAUCUCCGGUCUCUUAACCAUGCCUUCCUCGAUCCUCCGCGAAGUGUGCAUUUCACGCGCCGCUCACAGCACGCCUUACUCUUCCCGCCUCCAGUUCCGCGCGCUCGAGCUCUGCGUCGGCGUGUCUCUCGACAGGCUCCCUUCCUCGAAACCACCACCCGCGACGACGACGACGACGGAGAGCGAGGCGGAGGAGGAGCCGCCAGUGUCUAACUCCCUGAUGGCGGCGAUCAAACGCUCUCAGGCGACUCAGAGAAGGCACCCGGAGACUUAUCAUCUCCAUCAGCUCCACGGUGGGGUCACUACUCAAACGACGUCGGUUUUGAAGGUCGAGCUCAAGUACUUCAUAUUGUCGAUACUCGAUGACCCGAUUGUGAGCCGGGUGUUCGGCGAAGCCGGGUUUCGGAGCACCGACAUAAAGCUCGACGUGCUUCAUCCUCCCGUGACGCGGUUCCCGCGCUCUCGCUGUCCUCCUCUGUUUCUAUGCAACGUAACUGAAUCUGGUUCCGGUCGGGCAAGAUUCGGGUUCAGCGGAGGAGACUUCGACGAGAACUGUCGGAGAAUCGGCGAAGUGUUGGGUCGGAAAGACAAGAAGAACCCACUUCUUGUCGGGACUUGCGGCGGUGAAACGCUCAAAACGUUUAGCGACUCGAUCAACAGAGGGAAGUUAGGGUUUCUGCCUCUGGAGAUUAGCGGGUUAAGCGUAGUUAGUGUGGAGAGAGAGAUCAGUGAGAUGAAACUCGAUGAGUUGGGAAGGAUCGUGGAGCAAAGCUGCUCGAGAUCUAAACCGGGGACGGUUCUGAAUCUAGGAGAGCUCAAGGUUUUAACCAGUAGUGAUGUUCUCGUGUCGAGGCUCUCGGAGCUGUUGAAGCUUCACCGUGAGAACCUCUGGUUCCUCGGGAGUGUCUCGAGCAACGAGAUGUAUUUGAAAUUGAUCGAGAGGUUUCCGACGAUUGACAAAGACUGGAACCUUCAUCUUCUUCCUAUCACAUCUUCGAAUCAAGGAGUUUAUCCCAAGUCAAGUUUGAUGGGAUCAUUUGUGCCAUUUGGAGGGUUCUUCUCAUCAACAUCAGAUUUCAGAGUACCGUUUAGUAGUAACUCAAUGAACCAGUCUCGUCUUACUCGGUGUCAUCUCUGUAACGAGAAGUGUGAGCAAGAAGUCACAGCCUUAGGUAAGUCCGGUUCGAUUACCACCACCGAUGAUCAUCAGUUUUCAGACAAGUUACCUUCUUGGUUACGUAAUGUAGAGUCUGAACAAGACAAAGGGAUUCUCAGACAGGCUAAAGAUGAUCCAAACACAUUAGCUUCUGUGCAGAAGAAAUGGGACGAUACUUGCAAAAGAAUCCAUCAAACUCCGGCGUUUCCUAAACUCAGUUUCCAGCCUGUUAGACCACAGUUCCCACUUCAGCUCGUGUCUUCUAGCCUCCAAGCUGUGAAGAAUCCGCCGCACCAAUCCGGUUUAUCAAUAAAAAUCUCGAAGCCAAAAAAUCAUACAGAAGAUCUCACGAGCCGCGCAACAACGAACUCGCCUUUGAGCUGUGUCACUACAGAUCUAGGCCUGGGAACAAUCUACCAGGAGUCAAGCACCACAACGGUAUCACUUAACCGGAGAGGCUUAGAGAAACCAUUGUCGCGUAACUGCAAAGACUUCAAGUCUCUCAGAGAACUACUCUCUCGGAGAGUCGGGUGGCAGAGGGAAGCUGUGAACGCCGUUAGCGAAAUCAUCUGCGGAUACAGAGAUAACAGAAGCCGCGUAGCUUCGACCGCAAGUAAUGUCUGGCUGGCUCUUCUCGGACCAGAUCAAGUCGGGAAGAAGAAAGUAGCAACAGCACUCGCCGAAGCUUUGUUCGGCGGCGGCCGAGAAAACUGCGUUUGCGUGGAUUUCAAGGCACAGGACCGGCUCGACGAUAGGUUCAGAGGGAAAACAGUGGUUGAUUACAUCGCCGGAGAAGUGUCAAAGCGAGUGGAGUCUGUCGUUUUCAUAGAGAACGUUGACAAAGCUGAGUUCCCUGAUCAGGUAAGAUUGUCUGAUGCUGUGAGAACCGGGAAGCUCCGUGAUUCACACGGAAGAGAGAUCAGUAUGAAGAAUGUUAUAGUUAUUGCUACUACUACUUCGGGGUUUGAUAAUAAAGACAGUGAUCGUCAUGUCAAAUACUCCGAGGGAAGAGUUCUCAGCGCCAAGAAGUGUAAACUUCAGAUAAAACUCGUCGACAAUGCUUACAAGAACGGUCUAAAUAAACGAAGACAGGAGUUGGAAACAGAGCUUCGAGCGGUAAAGUCUCAGCGUUCGUUUCUCGAUCUGAAUCUCCCCGUGGAUGAGACAGAAGCAAAUGCAAUGUCGGAGAACAGUAGUAAAGCUUGGCUCGAGGAUUUUUUCGAGCAAGUAGACGGGAGAGUGACGUUCGAAACGAUAGACUUCGAUGGGUUAGCGAAGAACAUACAGAGGAACAUCUUGUCGCAUUUUCAUCGGUCGUUUGGACACGAAACACCUCUUGAGAUCGAAAACGAUGCGAUGCUUCGGAUUCUAGCGGCCUUGAGAUGGUCACCAGAUGAAGAGAAAACAGUUGAUCAGUGGAUGCAGACUGUUCUUUCUUCAAGCUUCGCUGAAGCGAGACAAAAGUAUAAUUCCAGUUCUUCUUUCGUUGUGAAACUUGUCGUCGCCUCCGAAAGUUCAACCGCUGAAGAGGAAACGGCGGGAAUACAGUUACCGCCGAGAGUUGAAGUGAUCUAAUCAUUUCGGUUUAUUGUUUUAUCAUAUACAUAAUAUGGUGACGAUUGUUAUACUAUAGAUCUCCUGAGAGUUUUGUCAUCGAUCGGCUUGGUUUGAGUUUGUGCUUUGUCAACUAAAUGUAUAUUAUCUUUAUUAUAAAGCUUAAAAGCUGAGCUAAACUGUGGUAUAUAGCUUUUAAAGGAGGGCCAAAUUACCACAUGUUUUGGUUUUAGUUGUUUUUUUUUUACCAUGGUUUCUGUAUAUUUUGCGUAACGAUAUUAGCAUCAGUUUCAUUUCAUAUUA